GAGAAGGAAAACUGCAGCUCCGAUCAAGCGGGCACACCACGAUCUGUAGAAGAAUACCUUCAGCAGGAAGGAUUACGCAGAGUACCGGUUCCGGCGGAUGGCCACUGCUUACUGCAUGCUUGGCAUAGUGUAAGUGAUCAGAAAAACUUAAAAACCUAGGGAAAAAAUUUAAAGCUAAACUAGAGAAGAACAUAUAUCUUAUGGCUGGAUUGCAAACCAUUAUGGUUCUUGUGCAAACUUAUGCCAACGCUAAUGUAAGUUUAAGGGAAUGCACAUAGUUUCAAGAGAGGUUAAUAUAGAGAAUAACCAAAAAAAGAUUUUUUUUCUCGUUCUACCAAACAUUCAGUAUGUAAAUUCGUCUUGUUGUCUCGUAAACUCUUCAUUUUGCUCGUGCAUUCAGUUAGUUUUUUGCUCUUGAAGCUAGCUACGGUCCCCAAAAAGUAACAAAAGCCUUAUUCAUCGGCUUCCCUAGGGCAAAUGGACCCCCGUCUGAUCCUGGGUUCCCUGAUCCUGGGAUACGUGGAGACUUUGCCCAGGGGCAUCGCAACAAAUUGGACUCGAACUCUCUGAUAAGUGUGGGCUUUGCUUCCGGUGCCUGUUUUGUAAAUGAUUUCAUACAUUAAAUUUGAGCUUGCGACUACAUAUUUUUAUAUCGUUCAUAAAAUCCCUUCCCCAACCAAGCCCCCAGCCCUGCAUCCAUCCACCCCCAGCCCUCCCCGAUCUUAUCCCCGUUCUCGUUUGAACCUCGUCCCCAGGUCCCCAGGGCGCUUUUCCCAAGGAAAAGCGCCCUGGGGACGAGGUUGGUCUCGUUUUUAUGCAGCAGGCGCGGCAACCUACAGUAGUUUUACUGAAGAUUGAAUGAAAUUCAAAAAAACAUCUGUUUCUUCUUGGUCCUUAACAUUUCUUGGUUUUGAUCAACGUUGAGGAGGUUAGAAGGUUGGUUAGACUAACUGAGGAAGAAGUAUUUUGUCAUACCCAGUCUCAUUCAGAAAUUGUUAAAUAAUUUAAGACAUGUAAAUUACGUUUUACCGGUAUAAAUAGGCUAAAUAUUUUGAAAUAUUAAUUUUGUGAAUAAGCCUCGUCUUUUAUGAGGCCAAGUAUGAUCUGAAUAAUUUAUGCAGAUUGAGGAUGACAGUAACUUAUGUUGAGGUUAAGUUCACCUUUCACUUUGACCUGAGAACAGGGGACUCAAUGACUUUUAUUUGCACGCAAAAUGUUGCUCAUACACAUUUACCUAGACUUGCUGCAAGUAGACUAUGAGUAGUCCCUCAUUGUUCCUCAGGGACAUGUGAAAAUCACCCAAUGUGAGAAUUGCCUGCUCUUUCACCGCCGCAUCUCGCUUUUCUCGCAUGGGAUGAUUUUCACGUGUGUUCACGUUUUGUUUGUUCUACUGUCCCUGGGGAAAAAUGAGGGACUAGUCCUAUUCUAUGUCACAAGUCAACCUCACAAGUUUCCUGGUGAGUGGCGGACAAAAGACUUUUUUCAAGGUAAUUAAUGUAAGUUGAUGCAUUAAUGUUUCUCCUUCAGGCCAUGCAGGAGGAGGGCAUUAACACGUACGAGAGCUACCGAGAUCUUCUUUCUGCUCUGAUGCGUGAGUUUACUGAACAUGAAAGCUUCUAUUCUCCGUUCAUGCUUGAGGGCUGGCAAAUCCAACUGGUCAAAUAUUGCGUUUGUGGCGCAUUUAACAGUGAAAUUGGAGACUUAGUUAUCUACGGGUUAUCAAACCUUACAGGUCUUCCGUGCAAAGUGGUUACAGAAGGUUGUAAUAAAGUUCCUUACAUUCAUGUUGUGACUCCAGACAGAUUAAAUAAGACAGAUGUUCAUGAUGGCAGUUUACUCUUGUUGCUGGCGAGCCUUCACUACGAGCCGCUGGUUAAAAUGGUAAGUGAUUCAUUUGAGUUAACUGAACAUGAAAGGCUCUAUUAGAUACACCCAAGAGUUAGAAACUGAAGCCAUCUGUAUCUUUAUGGGGCACAUUUUCAAGGCAAAGAUAAGGUCCACGUGUUAAUGAACUUGGUUUUAUAGUAUUUUUCUCUGUCUGUCAGUAAAUGUUUCCUUUUCAAACUAAGUACAUGAGGGAACAUAGAUGUUAAAGUAACUGAGGCAAAAAAUGAUAACAAACUUGAAAUCCCUUUCCACUUGGAGGUUGGACACUGACGCUUUUACUAUAAUCCCAAGGGACUCACUUUUACCCUCACAUUAAUUUCUGAGGGUAUUUUUAUUUUUCUCUUUUAUUUCUUUUAGGAACAGCAGCAAAGUGACGAGGAGAAAGGAGAAGUUUUUGGAUGCAAAAGACAGGAAGUGCACCAAAACAAGGGAAGUGAUGGCCAUGAAGUGCACCAAAACACCGACAGUGAUGGCCAUGAAGUGCACCAAAACACCGACAGUGAUGGCCAUGAAGUGCACCAAAACAAUGGCGGUGAUGGCCAAGAAGUGCACCAAACCAACAACAGUGAUGGCCAGAAAGUGCACCAAAACAAUGACAGUGAUGGCCAAAAAGUGCACCAAAACAAUGACAGUGAUGGCCAAAAAGUGCACCAAAACAAAGACAGUGAUGGCCCAAAAGUGCACCAAAACAAUGACAGUGAUGGCCAAAAAGUGCACCAAAACAAUGACAGUGAUGGCCAAAAAGUGCACCAAAACAAAGACAGUGAUGGCCCAGAAGUGCACCAAAACAAUGACAAUGAUGGCCAAAAAGUGCACCAAAACAAUGACAGUGAUGGCCAAAAAGUGCACCAAAACACCGACAGUGAUGGCCAUGAAGUGCACCAAAACACCGACAGUGAUGGCCAUGAAGUGCACCAAAACAAUGACAGUGAUGGCCAAAAAGUGCACCAAAACAAUGACAGUGAUGGCCAAAAAGUGCACCAAAACACCGACAGUGAUGGCCAUGAAGUGCACCAAAACACCAACAGUGAUGGCCAUGAAGUGCACCAA